CGCCCUCCCUCACUUGGGGUGCAGUACUACGAUGCCGCUGGGGUUACUUCAACCCCCUGAACUGAGUCUCUACUUUAGUCAAUCCUCUUUGGUAGACGACAUGCCAAUGCUCUGUGCGCUCUGUGUUUUUAGAUAGAGGAGCCUAAUACAUGCAAUCACAAGCAAUUCUGAGCUUGCGCGUAUUGAGACUUUCUCUAUUUGCGUCGUCAUGAAGCUGAAGAGGGGCAAGAAAUACACAACAUUUCUCUAUGUAUGCCUGUUCAGUCACGUGGAGGAACCAAUCGUGUUUAGAUCAUAAUUGGUAGUAAGCCUUCAUUUUAAUUACUACGGUCUAUGUAAUGCACGUGGAGAAAUUUAUGUGACAAAGUGCAAGUGCAAGUGGAUAAGACUAUCCAGUUUAUUGUUUACAUGCGAGAGACGGUUUCUCUAACUCAAAGCCCUUUUCCAUACUGAUAAAAGAUAAAGGAAAAAAGGCACUGUGGAGGGUGACGGCCAUCGCACCAGACAUCAUCAUGGUUCAGCCACCCCUAUUAAAGUCCAGGUGACUGGCAAUGGGGACGUGACAAAAAUCGAGCUGGAGUUGGAAGAGCCUCCAGAGCGUAAAACGGAGAGACUACCAGCUAUACUCAUUGGCUCGAUGUCGUCAGAAUUGGAUUCUGCAGCUCAUAUAAAUUCCACUUAUCCAAACUUCCCGAAAACGGGGAGUGUGGUGGUGCGCGCUGAAGAAGCCUUGUUAGUGAUCUUGGUUCUUCUUCUAUGGGUGGCAGCUAUCGCCCUAUUUUUCAACCGCUGGGGUAAAAUUCGAAUGCUCGAGCCUUAUCAGCCAAAAUUUCAACAACAACACCGUCCAAGCUGUGCUGUCGUCGAUCCAUCUCCUCUACCAAUACGCUCAUGUUCGAAAUUCAAUAUUCAUUGUCUGGACCACUCUCAGUGUCAGUCAAUCAUGGCGAGACCAAGGCAGAACAGCGUUUUUGUGGGUUCCAGUAUGGCAUAUCUCGCCGGUAACGCACCGAGACGAUCUAAAAGUGCGUUUGACCUUCAAUCGUUAAUGCUUGAUGAACAAGUUGAAAGAUACCAGCAGCCAUCAGAGCUAUCAGCGAAUGAAGAGAAAAAACAAGUAGAAGCAGCAGAUGCAGUCAAGCCAUUCAAGGAGUACUCGAAGCCAUCGAGAUUAUUUCAGAAGGAAAGAGGCAUGAGUGUUUCUCAAUUCGAUAGAACUCAUGUUCUAGCUCGACCAAUGCAGCGUGAACGAGGAAUGAGCAUUUGUCAUUUUGAUAGAAUGGACGUUCUUGCUCAUCAUAUAACACCAAGAGAGAGGGGAUUGAGCAUUUGUCAGCUUGAUAGGAUGGACGUACUCGCAAAACCAUUCUCGGUAGUGAAGGGAAGUCGAUCGAGUAUUUUUACUAAUGCCGAAAAACUCGAGUUUCUCAGUAGAUCGCAGUAUCAACGAGGAAGUCGGUGUAGUAUUGGGAAUUUUGACGCGUCAGCAAGAUUAUUCCAGCAAAGAGUGAAGGACAAGGAAGAAUCAUUUGGCAACAAUAUAGUACAGAAAAUUCAUGACGCCAGCAUUUGUGCCUCUGAUAGACCCACUUGCAGUAAAACACGUGAUGUCAUUCUAGGGUACAAAGCUACCUGCGUUUGAUGUAGAAAGGGAACGAAGCGAUUUAUACUAUUCUUUCCCUCUCUUCUCUUCUAUCUCAAUAAAUUCUCCUUAUUCCCUAAACUCUGAACUUCUCUGCAAGUGGAUAGCCAUGAAAAAAUGUAGAUUCACUCUUGCCGUCCACUAGAAUAAUGUUCUAUAUAGAAAAUGGCACCCUCACAAUAUUUUAACUAUUCGUGUUGAGUAGCUGUCCUACACGUUUUUCAACUCUUCUCCACUGGUUGGUUUACUUCCUGGGCAUUUUAUCUCUAAUAAAUUAGUACACGUCCCGCAGAGAACAGCUGAGACACUUUUGCUGUGAUGCAAGUUAAUCUGAAUGACUUGGCCGGACGUGUCAGACAUAUCUCCCUCUCUAUCUUCUUGUCGGGCUUUUUAAUCCACGUCCCCGACUCUUCAUCUUUAUUUCAUUCGGCUUAAACAAGAAAUCAAUUCUCUUUCGAGCUGAUAUCUUCCACGACUCAACGGAAACUUCCUACCAAGUUUUCAUCUACCUCAAAUCUCCAAUGGAUGUUAACUUACUAAUUAAAGACAAAGUAAGCCGAAAAAUGCGGAUGUCAUCCAUCUUAUUAAAAAACUUUCCCUUCAAAUUUUCAUUCAUUCCACAUCACUUGAAGCUCCAACCGUAGUGCUCAGUAAAAAUGAAAUUAUGGAGAAUAAGUGAUAUCGAAAGAGGUAAAAUUAUCUUCUCUAAUCUUCGUUCGAUGUUGCAACAUAUCCUCUUUCUCUCAAUUAAUCCUAGGAUUAUUUUAACUAAUUGAGAGAUGUAGUGCAAUACACACGUUCAACGUUCUGAAUACUUCAACGAAUUUUUUUGGUUGAAAAUAACUUUUAAGUACCAAUAUUGUUGAAACUAUAUUCACUGAGGAAAGUAGUACUAGAUAUCAUCGAAAGACCUUGAAAUAUUUUUUAAAUAAUAAAAUUGAGUAAUCCAUAACAUGGAAAUAUUCACUUAGUAAAAAUCUUGCAAAAUGUCCUGUAUUACUUUUCUCAAGAUAUCGAAAAAUACUCUACUUAUUACUUCUUUCCUAAUCUAAUUUGACAAAUAAUGAAGUUCUUUAAAGCCAGUUGGCACUAUAAAAUACUCGAGCCAAUUAAUAAUGAUCAGACCAAAAAUACUAGACUGUUUUUAAUGGAUAAAGCGAAAUAUAUUAUUCUUAAGCAAUAAUUAUUUAGGUAAAAAUGAUUCUAAUUGAUUGAUCAACGGAAUAUGGGACCUUAUUGUAUUUAUCGAUCAGAGAAAUGUAGAAGUAGCGAUUGAUUUUUUGGAUAUUUUAACGAAAAAUUAAUGAAUACCUUAUCUACUCAGAUAAUUAUACCAAUGAAAACUGUUAAGUAGACUGCCAGGUAAUUAUGUGAUAGCAGAGAGUAAAUGGAAUGGAAUGCAAAUUGGAAUUUAAUCGUUGACAAUUUUUUGUCAGUUAAAAAAAUUUUUUUUUACGUAUAAACUGCUCAGCUCGUUUACUGAAAGUGUAAUGAUAAGUAGAGAACAUUUUCUUAAUCUGUUUGGAAUUCCUCUUCGAUUAUUUCAAAAUUUGCAUGAUACCAUUUUUCCAUUCGGAUAAUUGAAUAUUUUACUUAUUUAUAGAAUAUUUUAAUCUGUCCUCAUUGGUUUGAACCCACUCGAAUAAAUCAAAUCCAAAAAUGUUGAUAAUAUCUAUUGUUUCAACUGAUGAAAUAAACGACCAAAUUAUAUUUACUUGAAUAUCUGAAUUUUGUUUGGUCCAAUUCCUCAUUACAACCCACGCAGACGUCCGUCUUGACGAUACGAAUAGUAACAUCAUGAAUACGCCUCUCGCUAUUACCCUAUAAAAAGGUUGUAGCGCAAUAUAAAAUCAAUUCAGUCGUUUGGCGUACUUACAGCUAUUAACAAUGAGUCUAAAUAGUAUGUGGAAAGUCUCUCUUCGCUCAAUAUGUUUUAUGCUUCGGAAGAUGGUGAGCGAGUAUUGAUUUCAACAGCGUCAUCAGACAUCCUCGGGCCAAUUUUUGCCUUUGAUGUACGCUAUCCUAAACAACGUACAAGUCGCUACUACAGUGUCAGUGCAUGUCAACACAAAUGGGAGCACUACAGUACCAUUCAGUUGCGUCGUGGCGAUGAGGCACCGACCGUACUUUAUCAAUGUAUUUUGUGUAAAAAAUUGAAACACUAAUAAUUUUAAUAUACCCGACCGAUUUAAAUUACGAUAUAUAUAGAAUUCACGUAUAGUAAUGGAUGAAAAGCAUGUACAGAGUCAUGACAUUUUUAUUUUUUCCUAAUGACUAAUUGACAACAAUAAAAAAGAAACGAAGAAUAAUGAG